AUGGCUGAGAUAAAUGCUGUUCAUAGCUUAACAUCCGGUAAAUCAAUUGCUUCUAAGAGAAAUCUCUUACGUACAGUAUCUAGUGUUGAAUCAAAUGAUGAUUUGGAUAAGUUUGAGGAUUACUAUGAACCAAAAGAACAUAAAAUCAAAUGUCAUAAUCAAUAUCAUUGUGAUAGUGAGAAGGAUCAUGAUACUCAUCAAUGUAUAUCCAUCUAUCAACUAUGUAAUGGUCAUGAAGAUUGUGCCAAUGGAGAAGAUGAAAGUCCUAUUCAUUGCUUAUUCUAUCGAAUGCAAAAAUCAAUGAAUAACAUGAUAAUCAAAAGAUUGAACGAUAUUGAAGAUAAAAUUGGAUUUUUGGAAGAAAUGUAUAAGAUGGAAGAAAUAAGGCGACGUUCUUCAUCCUUACCAUGCAAUCGUCGUACUGUUUUUGAAUUUUCACCGAUAAGAGAUGCACUACCAUCUUAUCAUUCUGUUGGUUCUUUAUAUGAUGAAGGAGGCUAUGGAAAUGAUGAUUUCAUAGAUGAUCAUAUAUCAGAAUUGAUUGCUCCACAUCCAUUAGCUCGAUUGGUUAAUCCACCCCCCGCAGUUUCUGCUGAUUGUUGUACUACUUGCCGGAAAUAUGAAAAUGCUUCUUUGCAUCAACAUAAUCUUUCAAUGCCCUUUUGUGUUCCUUUAUUAUCCGUCAAUGCUCAGAUGAUUAGAGUAUACCAUUUAUCAUUAGAUACAACUACAUUAAGUGAAGAUGGUAAGAAUAGGUUAGAAAUGGGAAUUGUUGAUUUUCUCUGUCCGUUAGAGGUUCCUGAAGAAGUUUUGCCAUAUAUAGCCUUUUUGGGAUUCAAUUGUGAAGUUAGAAUGGGUGAUCCUAAAGAAGGAGAAGAAGAUGAUAUAUGGUUUGCCCGCGGUCUGAUCGGUCAUUGUGAAGAUCCUAAGCAAAGAUUGAACUAUGCAGAUUUGAUGAAGCAAAUGCAAAUGUACAAUGGUCCCUUCUUCAAAGAAUUCAAGCUAGUCAAAUGUCCGAAUACAGUAACUCAAUUUCUUAGCCUUAUGAAUCUAGCGAGUAAAGGAUAUCGUUUAGUUAAGAUAGUAAAGCCAUAUGAAGAUUCAACUGAUGAUAUUCCUUCCGCGCUCAAUCUGCAUUACAAUUGA